UUAUUAUUUUUUUUUCAUGCCAAAAAUGAAAAACUUGUGUGUUCAAGCUAUUUUAAUCUACAAUUUUCUAACUUGUGAUUCUUUCUCCUAUGGAAGAAUUUCAAUCAAUGAAGAGUGGGCUUUUUUUUCUUGAGAGAUAGUUAGGUAUUGAGAAGAUGGAAAUUAUAUCUUGCCAUACUGCACGUAACUGCAGCAUUGCGAACUUUAGAUGCGUAAAUGACUUAAAUCGGCAUAAAUUCGAGCUUCCCCUAACACGAAAAGUUUCGUUUUAUAAUGCAAUUGGAUCGUGUUUUCGUUUAGAUAGGUUAAGGUUAAGUAAACUUGAUCAGUGCCGGUCUUCUAGAACAAUGUGCUCUCUCGACACUUACGAAAACGUCGAUGAUUCGAGCGUCGUAAGUGAGAAUCACGAAACUUACGUACCGAAGGUCGAAAUUCCUAGUUUGCCGGAUAAAGGAAACGACGACAAUGCAGCUCAUAUCAGCAGCUGUUUUUGGGAGUGGAAGCAGAAACUAAACGUCCAUUACGAAAAAUCGGGAUCGGAAAAUAGUAAAGAUUCGCCAGCUGUCCUUUUUCUUCCGGGAUUCGGCGUGGGGUCGUUUCAUUUCGAAAAACAGUUGAGGGAUCUCGGUUGUGAUUAUCGGGUGUGGGCACUGGAUUUUGUUGGCCAGGGCAUGUCUUUGCCUUUUGAAGAUCCGACUUUUCGGUUUCGUGACGGAAACGAGGAUGCGUCGGAUAACGAAGAAAUUAGUUUUUGGGGUUUCGGAGACGAAAGUGAGGUUUGGGCUAAAGAGUUGGUUUUUUCGGUUGAUUUGUGGCGGGAUCAAGUUCGUUGUUUUAUCGAAGAGGUGAUUCAAGAACCCGUUUAUCUAGUCGGAAAUUCGCUCGGAGGAUUUGUGGCAAUUUAUUUUGCAGCAUGUCAUCCCGAAUUAGUGAAAGGUGUAACGUUGCUCAACGCAACUCCUUUUUGGGGAUUUCUCCCUAACCCCCAAAAAUCUCCGACAUUAUCGAAACUCUUCCCGUGGUCCGGAACAUUCCCCCUCCCUUCGACUGUCCGAAUAUUGAUAAAACUUUUAUGGGAGAAAAUAAGUGAUCCGAGAACUAUUGCGGAAAUAUUGAAGCAAGUUUACGCAGACUACUCAACGAAGGGCGAUGAAGUCUUUUCACGUAUAGUCAAGACAACGCAACAUCCAGCUGCUGCUGCAUCUUUUGCUUCAAUUAUAUUUGCUCCUAAGGGACAGUUAUCUUUCGACGAAAGCUUAACUAGGUGUCGAAUGAACAAUACACCUAUUUGUCUCAUGUACGGGAAGGAAGAUCCGUGGGUGAGGCCCGUUUGGGGUUUGCAGGUAAAACGGAAAGUUCCGGAAGCUCCGUAUUACGAGAUAAGUCCUGCGGGCCAUUGCCCUCACGAUGAGGUUCCUGAGGUUGUGAACUUUCUUUUGCGCGGUUGGAUCCAAAACCUUGAAUCGGACGGUUCUGUGAUGUUGCCUUUGCUUGACGAUGGCCCAAAAGGCGCGAUUGAUGAUGUCAUCAAGGACUUGGAGUUUACUAGAGAAGGUUCCGGAAAAUCGGUGAGGGUACAAUUCCACGGAUUCGAUUUCUCGAUGUGGAAAUGGUUAAACUAUCAAAUCAAACCUAUGUUCAAAGAAAAGGCUUAAAUGAACUACAUUGUUUAGAAUCGCCACCAUGUAUAUAACAAAAUGUAAAUUUUGUUGUGUCAUGUACAUUGAUUGAUAUAUUUGACCAAAAAAAAUUAAUAAUAAUAUGGUAUCAGCUAAGAGU